CUUCUGUGGGAUUUGAUGUCACCUUUAGAUCGGUUCAACUGAAGAUGGAAACACUGGAGUCCGAGCUGACGUGUCCAAUCUGCCUGGAAUUGUUUGAGGACCCCCUCCUGCUGCCCUGCGCCCACAGCCUGUGCUUCAACUGCGCCCACCGCAUCCUGGUCUCGCACUGCUCCAGCACCAAGCCUCUCGAGUCCGUCUCCGCCUUCCAGUGCCCCACCUGCCGCUACGUCAUCACGCUCAACCAGCGCGGCCUGGAGGGCCUGAAGCGCAAUGUGACGCUGCAGAACAUCAUCGACCGCUUCCAGAAGGCCUCCGUCAGCGGGCCCAACUCCCCCAACGAGAGUCGCCGGCCGCGACCCUACAGCACCACGCUCGGCGGGAGCACGAGGGGCAGCCCCGCCAGUAGCGCCAUGUCCCUAGAGCGUGUCGGCUGCCAGUUCUGUGAUCAGGAGCCCCCGCGGGAGGCCGUCAAGACAUGCGUGACGUGCGAGGUGUCGUACUGCGACCGCUGUCUGCGGGCCACGCACCCCAAUAAGAAGCCCUUCACCAGCCAUCGUCUGGUGGAGCCGGUGGCGGACGCUCAGCUGCGUGGGCUGGCCUGCCUGGAGCACGAGAACGAGAAGGUCAACAUGUACUGUGUGGUGGACGACCAGCUGAUCUGCGCUCUCUGCAAGCUGGUGGGAAGGCACCGCGAGCAUCAGGUCACCUCGCUUAGCGAUCGCUUCGACAAGCUCAAGCAAACCUUGGGGAAUAACUUAACCAAUCUGGUGAAGAGGAACAGUGAGCUGGAGAACCAGAUGGCCAAACUCAUCCAGAUUUGUCAACAGGUGGAGGUGAACACAGCCAUGCAUGAAGCCAAGCUGGUAGAGGAGUGUGAUGAAUUGGUGGAGAUAAUUCGCCAGAGGAAACAGGUCAUUGCUGUCAAGAUCAAAGAGUCCAAGGUGAUGAAGUUGAGGAAGCUGGCCCAGCAGAUUGCGAACUGCAGACAGUGUCUAGAGCGCUCGAGUGCCCUCAUCACACAGGCUGAGCACAGUCUGAAGGAGAACGACCACACCCGCUUCCUCCAGACGGCCAGGAAUGUGGCAGAGAGAGUUGCCAUGGCCACCGCCUCCUCCCAGGUCCUCAUCCCAGACGUCAAUCUGAACGAGGCUUUUGACAAUUUUGCCCUUGAUUUCUCCAGAGAAAAGAAAAUUCUGGAAGGACUGGAUUACUUGACAGCGCCCAACCCUCCAUCUAUACGUGAAGAGCUCUGCACGGCCUCGCAUGACACCAUUACAGUGCACUGGACCUCUGAAGAUGAAUUCAGCGUCACCUCCUAUAAUCACACUGUUCAAAAAUGUAUUGGUCUGUAUAACUCUGUAGAUAGCUGGAUGAUUGUGCCCAAUAUCAAGCAGAAUCACUACACAGUCCACGGCCUGCAGAGCGGCACCCGUUACAUCUUUUUCGUCAAGGCUAUCAACCAGGCAGGCAGCAGAAACAGCGAACCUGCUCGACUCAAAACCAACAGUCAGCCUUUCAAACUGGACCCCAAAACGGCCCAUAAGAAGCUGCGCCUCUCCAAUGACUGUCUGACCAUGGAGAAGGAUGAAAGCUCCCUGAAGAAGAGUCACACUCCGGAGCGCUUUAGCGGAACCGGAUCCUAUGGUGCCGCUGGCAACGUCUUCAUCGACAGUGGCUGCCAUUAUUGGGAGGUUUUACUGGGCGCCUCCACAUGGUACGCUCUUGGAGUGGCUUACAAGUCAGCACCCAAAAACGAAUGGAGCGGCAAAAACUCAUCAUCUUGGGUUUUCUCACGCUGCAACAACAACUUCCUGGUGCGGCACAACAACAAGGAGUCGAUCGUGGAGGCGUCCCUACAGCUGCGCAGGGUUGGGGUGCUGCUGGACUACGACAACAAUGCCCUGUCCUUCUACGACGCCAUGAACUCCCAGCACAUAUACACUUUUGACGUUUCCUUCCUGCUUCCAGUGGCUCCCACCUUCAUGAUCUGGAACAAGUCAUUGAUGAUCAUGUCAGGGCUGCCCGUGCCUGACUUCGUGGACUGCAGCGAGCAGCAAGAAGGCAUCUGCCGCCAACAGGAUUCACCCUAUGUGUCCGGAGUGAAGAGCUGCCACUGAGGCAUCAGUUAUUCCAGAAGGUUCCCUCACCCUUCUUCUUUUCCUGGUUUUCAUAACUAGG